UCAAGAAUGUUACGCCUGUUAUGCGUUCUGGAAAAGCAUACGCCCGUCAAUGUAGGUCAUAUUGGCAUUUUUGUUUUGCUAACCCUUCUCAAACAACUAAAAGGAGAGAUCGUAAUUACCCAGCCGCACUGACAAGCUGCAAGAAAACAAUUUUUUCAAGAAAUCCUCUUCCGACAGCUGCUCGACAGAAACAACGAAAAAUAGACGCGGGACGACUGGGUCAACGGGGCAUUGAAAAGAUGAUUAACUGGAAAUAACUCUUCUGUAACGGCGUCGGGGAGUGGCGAACGCUUAGCGUCUGACUGCUUACGUUCCUUACACGAGCAUUUCAUAUCGUGCAAAGGUUAGAUGUAAAGGGCCAUCAAGAGUACGUAUUUUGGAAAUUGAACAUAAAAUUUUUCCACUCCACAUACAACUUAUAGUCUGCAUAGUGGUCGUGGUUGAAAGGGAAUACGCGCAGAUCGCAUCGAGUAUACGGCCUUCCAACCGACACCGAUUCCAAAGAACGCACUGCACGUCAUUUCACCUUGGUAACAGCACAAGUUUAUAGGGAACUUGGCAAAUUUUAGAGGAGCACCCACAAUCCAGAACAGUGCAUUAAACCAGAUUGUCUUACAGUUUAAUACUGUGAAGUUAAACAGGGUUAAAAACCGAGCACCUGUAACUCUCAGGGUAAAAAAGCAGACAGGUCACAGCUCUCUAAACGCUAGUUGUCACAAACGACUUAACGUGUUCUCAGAAUAUAGGACACCAAUUUGUGAAUAGCUAUGUCAUCUCAGCCAGACAGUGCGGAGCUGCAGCCUUUUCGAGACGACACUGACCGACCUCCAGAGACAAAGUCAGAUGAAGAUGACACCGCUGCUAGGAAGCGACAAAGGAGGGUGGUUAUCUUCAUUAUUGUUGUUGCUGCUGUAGUGCUCGUUGUGAUUGCUGUCAUUGUAAUAGGUGUCGUACUUGGAUUGCUGUUAAACCAAGCUGAAGCCAGCUUGGAGCUUAUUACCAGGGGAAUAGAAGAUGAGAAGUCAACACUCAUUCGUUACGACCAAGAGCAAGAAAAUACAUUCAAAACUGCCACUGAUCUUAUCCAGGGCGUUCUUAAAGGUUAUGAUCUAGAUGAGUUAUCAGAUAAAGCAAAGGCAAAUCUCGUAGACUGUAAUGAUACUACCGGGGCGCAACCAGGCAAGAGUUGUAUCUUCAGCAUCGACAAACUGGGAGAGAAAUGUACAGAAAACAGAAAAUUUGGAUAUCCAGAGGGAGCACCAUGUAUUUUAUUGCGUUUCUCUGCGCCUGUUCACUGGACGCCCGAUCCAUACGUUAAAACAGACAUUGAAUAUGACAACAUGGUCAGACAAUUGAACCAAUCUGGAUUAGAUCUUCCACUCCCAGGAGAUAUCCCAGUUACCUGUACUGGACAGUACCCUGUUGACCAGGAAUUGUUGACGUCCAGAGUGCAGUACUGGCCAAAGAGAGGAUUUGAGGGUUACUACUUUCCUCGCACAACGGAAGAGGAAUACAUGGACCCACUUCUCAUGGUGCAGUUCAAAAAACCAACCUUAGGGGUAGUUAUCAUGAUAGAGUGCACUGCAUGGGCAAAGAAUAUUUUUAAGGGGAAAAAUAAAGUACAAUUUGAGUUACUGGUAGACUGAAACGGUCACUAAUUGGAAAGGAUGGGAUGAAAAUUCAGCUGGAUAUUGAUAUCGGGACAGGACAGCUGACCGACUCACUGCCACACCACUGAGGUACAACACUGCUGGAACCUGGACUUAUAUGCUUUCUGACUGUUUUUUCUCGUCUGAAUUUACCUGCUUGUGAAAUAAAACAUGGUAGUGAUGUGACAGGAAUGGAAGUCCUAGGAAAGGAUGUCCGGGUCCCAUAUGAUUUGAAAUUGUACAGGUUAGGGUUAGUUGGAGUAUUGGGGUUAGAAUAUGGAACGAAUGUCACCUGUACAAAGUAAUGGGAAGCGGACUACGGUUCCUGGCGGACUUCCAUUCCUGUUACAGCGGCUUCAACAACAACAACAAGGCGGGCAGAUGGAUUGGGAGCCCUUGUUCAACUACCCCCAACCCACCACUCGUACCACUACUACUACUCAUAACCAAAACAAUAUGGCAAAGCCAGCCCAUUUUCCCCGAGACAAAAAGCAACACUAAAGGACUCACAGAAUUAUGUGUCAUAAAUUUCAGAAUGUCCUUAAUUGCAAUCAUUUAUUUUAAUUUCCGGGGCUGCGUGCGAGGCCAAAUGUUCCGUUUUUUAAUUCCAUCAUGCUUCGUGUACACGAUGUUAUUACCCUGUGAACACAGACUUACAGAUAUUCACAGACCUUUGGCUUUAAAUUAAAAAGAAUGGACAUUGGGGGUUUUGGGGAACCGUUAAGAUAUGCAUUCAGGUGUAAUUGCCCAUAUCUUCUGGCAUUCAGAAAUCCCAAUGCACCUAGGUCAGUCUAUGAUUUGUACAUUUUAACAACGUCAACUUAAAAGUAUAGUUGGCUAUCAAAGACAAAAAGACAAUUUUGCUUUCCCAAAGAAUUAAGUUACCAAACAGAAAACUUCCCUUGUCAACGCGGAAGAAAUGGAACCAGCCAACGCCCUAGCAUUUCAGAAAUGAUUUUUGGUGCAUCCUUGGCAAAUUAACUUCCUCUCUCUUCCACCCUUUUUCUCUUUCAGCAAACCUGGACCUGGCAGUGAGCACCAUACUUGUUUACAGUUAGUUAGAAAGUUUCAAGAUAGUGUAGAAUCAAUUAAGACGGGAUAGCUUGUAUUUUAUUCAUGUUCUUGGUGAACUCAGUUUUUUUACGUUCCAAAUGUUGUGUACGUGCUAUAGUCGUUCAAUGGAUAAUAUGUGUCUAGCCUUUAUAAUAUACAGUUUAUGGUGUAUGUUAACCAAAUGACGCCGAAGCUGCUCUAAAAUUCGUAGUUGAAUACAUUGUUAGUUGCUUUAAUGUUGUAAGUGUUAGAUAAGUUGUUUUCUUUAAUCUUUAGCUAAUUUUGAUGAAAAAAAUCUUUGGUGAUGAGAUAUUCAAGCGUUUUUGCUUUUGAUCAAAGUUUGGAAAAAAUACAGGUAAGGGUUUUAAAGCACACAUCAUGGGAAAUAUACAUAUUCCAUAGAAUGGCAUCACUCAUAGAGCUUAUCAGCUCAUUCUCCCUCAAUCCCUUCUUUACAUUAUGCCCCUACUGUUCGCGUAACAGUAUAUGCAUCUCAGCAGAUUUCUUUUAAUCCCCACCUGUGAAUAACUUGAGUAUAAUCAAUUGGGUCGACUGCUAAAACUGCCAAUUUUUGUUUUAUUGGUAAGUAAUAAUUUUAAAGAACUUUUAUGAAUUUUAAAUGUAGUAUCAC